AUGUCAAAGAUCUGUCCUUCUCACCUCAGGGAGAGCACUCAGUCCAGCCUGUCGUCUGACUCCUGUGAGUACUAUCAGACUGAGAUAUUUGACCAGCUGCCAGCAUAGGCCAUCAGGCCCAUUCAGGCCCACCAGGAUGGUUCGGAGUCAGUGUCCAGAGGACACAGAGACAAGACGUCUACACAGCCGCUCAGAAACCUGGUCAUGUGUAUUCAGGGGAAAAGAGACGUCAGGGACAGGAGGAAAAUGCAAAGAAGUAGUAUUGGUUUUUAGUCGUGGAGGCGGAGUCAGAGUAUCAACAGGAUGAGACUUUCUGGACACAUAGGAGGAGCUCUAUCAGCCUUGUUACCAUGGCAGCAAACACUCCACACCAUCGAAGGCAGGUUUGGAGUCGGCGUGAAGUCUUACUUUGUCUUCCUCAGAUAUCUGAUCUGCUUGAACCUGCUUCACUGCGCUCUUGUCUCAGGCUUUAUCCUGGGGCCUACAGCAUUUAUGGCAGGAGCAACAUCACUGGUAAAACUUUUGAGGUUUGGAAACAAAGACUCCAUCCUGGAUUUCUUAGGAUCAGGCUACCUGGAUCGCAGUCCAGUCUUCUCCAGUUUAUACACACGGGGUUUCUCUGGAUAAAAAUGUCUGAAACACCUCUGCUGUACUUAUCAGAUAUACUCCCAUCCUCCUCCCAGUCUCAUCAUGGUGCUCCUUUUAUAUGUAACUUACAGAACUAUAGUUGGCUACACAACCUGGAUGCUGGGGAAGCGUUACAGCACCAAUGUGAGCUACAAGAUCUUUUGUGGUUGGGACUUCACCAUCCAGGAACCCUUUUUCAGCUACGUCAAAGGCGGCUUCAUCAGAAAUGAUCUCAAGUUGUUCCUGUAUGAGCAGAGUUUCUCCCUUCGUGAGAAGCAGAGGACUCUGGGACAGAGAGUACGUCUCUUCCUCCUCAGGUUCUUCCUCAACGUGCUCGUUGUGUCUCUUCUGAGUGGAUCCUGCCUCAUUUAUUUUGCAACAAUAACAUCACAGUCUGAGAAUGAGUAUUACUGGUUGGUCAGCCUGCUCCUCAAGUACCUUCCUCCCAUCACCAUCACCUUUGUCAAUCUGGUCUUCCCCAACAUCUUUCGCAAGAUCUCAUUUUAUGAAGACUACUCCUUCACCACACAGAUCAAUGUCACACUUUUGAGGAGCAUCUUCUUGAAGUUGGCCUCCCUGGGGAUCUUCUUGUUCUUCCUUUUCACCACAAAAGAACCUCAGAAUACUCUUUCCCAGUGCAGGCCCAACAGGUUUGGAAGAGAGAUGUACAAGCUGUGUAUCUUCAACUUCCUCGCCAUUUUCUGCAAUGCCUUUCUAAUAAACUUCCCCAGGAAGCUGGUGCAGGAGUGUUACCCCUCAUCCACGGUGGCCCAGUUGUUGGGGAAACAGCACUUCCUGAUCCCCUUCAAUGUGUUGGAUCUGGUGUACAGUCAGACGGUGUCCUGGGUGGGAGUGUAUUACUGCCCUCUGCUGCCUCUGAUAGGAACUGUCACACUGACGGCCACCUUCUUCAUCAAAAAGUUCGCAGUCCUGCGCUGCUGUGUGCCAGAGAGGAGGAUGUUUUGUGCCUCCAGCUCCUCUGUUUUAUUCCACUUCAUGUUGCUGCUGAGUCUCCUCAUGGCUGCAAUCACACUGGGCCUCAACCUACACAUUCAAGAAAUUACGUCCAACACGAAUAUGUCCUCCUGUGGUCCGUUUGGAAAUGGAGAAACUGUGUUGAAUGUGACAGGAGUGUGUGUGGACAGCCUCCCGGGACUGGCACAGACCACCCUGCGCUACCUGGCCUCUGAGGCCUUUGCCCUGCCACUCAUACUAGUUGAGAUUAUGAUCUUAACCUCAUAUGUGUCACGCAGCCGAGCCAAUAAGAAGGCUGUUGAGAGGCUAAAAGAUAUGCUGGUCAUGAGCAGCUCGGAUAAACGUUUCCUGGUGAAAGAACACACCACAAUGCUCAGAGGUAAGAGACCCAACCGCAGAGUUCCCUCUGCUGCCGUCCAAGAUGCUCCACCAAGAACUCCUGCGAGAUGAUGAAGUUCCCAAACUGUCCGUCCACCAACUUUACUUUUAAAGUAUUGAGGCUGUUUGGUAUACAGCUGCUGGGUGACAGCCUGUGUGUGCCUGAAUAAAGAAUGUCAAAGGAAGAUGAAUUCUUACCUUCUAGUUGCGGGACAUAGAAGAAAAUGAAUGCAGUGUUCAAAUAUCUUUAUAAAGUGUGUUCUUUUAGCUUCCCUUCUCUAUUCACUUUAAGUUAUUGAUAAACUAUUUGUUAUGUCCCUGUGAGUCUGUGCAGCUUCAUAAUCAGUGUUUGAACUUUUUAUUUGAUCUCAAUAACAGAAUGGUACAGUAUUACAGGGAUCAGUAAUGUAUUAUUUCCUUUAUAAAUGAUGAUUGUGUUUUUAAAGUGCUCAUUAAACCUUCAUGUUUCAUGUA